AUGGUCAGUUUGGUGAGAACAGAUAGAUAUAUUCACAUCUUUAAAAAGGUGAUGAAGAUUCUAUGGAGAGCCCAGAAACAUGGAAAAGUUCACUUUGAAGGGGAAGUGCUAUGGCAAGGACAGGACGAUGGAGUGAUCGUCACUCUGCUGGGAGCCCAGUGGAGUGAUGACGACUAUUCGUUUUCUGCACCGGUAGGAGCGGGAAAAGGAUCCGUGUAUGCCAUUCAGGGAAGCGGGAGAAUUACUGGCGUUCGAAUGUGGGAGAGUUACAACAGCUACGUAACUGGCAUCCAGCUACGCUAUGGCUACCUCUGGAGUCAAAUUGCAGGCUACAGGAGAGGCCAAGUUCAAGAGCUGUUGUUGUAUGAUGAUGAGGCAAUUGUGCAAUUGGCUGGAAAAUACCUCCACAACAUUCAGUCUCUAGUGUUUACUACCAACAUGAGUCGUUCCCUGUAUGCCGGCCAGCCUUCUGGGUAUUCAUUCAAUAUGUACCCACACAGCAAAAAGGCUGAACUCCGCUUCAUCAGUGGACGUCAUAGCAGUGGGAUCGCCUCUAUUGGGGCACACUGGGGAGUUGUAACUGACCCUCACGGCAUUCAUAAUGCCAACGCUAAUGACACUAGUUCCUACUAA